CCUAGUUUCUCUCUCCUUAGCCCGACUUUCCUCAAACACAAACUUGGCACCUCCUCUGUAUUUCGGUAUUUCCCUCCUUUUCUAUCAGUUUCCCUAGACACAAGAGCGCGAACCGGCGCGGGCAACAACCUUUUCAGCUUUUAUGUCCAUUCUUACACACUAGGUGAAUCAUUGUGCUCGAAGGAGAACGUGAAUUGGCAAAAUGGGGAAGUACAUGAAGAAAUCCAAAAUUGCUGGUGAUAUUGCAGUUAUGGAGGUUUCGCCUCAGUCCUCUUUGGGCGUUCGUACCAGAGCUAAAACUCUCGCAUUACAGAAGCUUCAGAAGUCAUCAUCCUUGUCGACACCGGACCCAGAUGCUUCCCCCUCCUAUCUGCAACUCCGAAGCCGCCGCCUCCAGAAGAUUGCCGCCGGCUCCGAGACCCACCCUCCGCCGCCACAAAAAAAGUCUUGCCGAGAAAGCCCUAUAUGCGAUAUGAUUGUAAAUUCCAGAUUUGAUGAAAAGGAGGGGUUUUUUUCUACCGUACUUGGCAAGGAAACUCAGGCAGGGGAGUUGGAGAACAAUGAUGGGGGUAUUGAGGGUUCUUAUGGGGAAAAUUUCCUGGAGGUUGAAGGCAGAGAUCGGAGCACAAGGGAAAGCACUCCUUGUAGUUUAAUUAGGGACUCGAAUGCCGUUAGCACCCCUGGUUCAACCACAAGGCAAAGGGCACCCAGCAUCACUAACCAGAUCAUUUGCGAACACAUACAGAGAAAUAUUCCUACAGCUUACGAGAUGGAUGAGUUCUUCGCAUUUGCAGAGAAGCAGCAGCAAAUUAUAUUUAUGGGCAAAUAUAACUUCGACAUUGUCAAUGAUGUACCUUUGCCAGGUCGAUAUGAAUGGGUGCAGGGACUUCAGUAGGCGGAGGUUGCUUAGUUGAGGUUGGCUUUGCCAUGCUCUAGGCUGUCUCCUUUCGUGCCAAAAACACCAUGAGUACUGGUUCAAUUGAAGGAAGAUCGAAUGGCAACAACAAUGGUGAGCAUAAUAUCUAGUCAGAUUUGCGGCGAGAGAUCAGAUGGUGGCGAGCACACUUGUGAAAGUAGAGACUUGUGAAGGCAGAGGAGAAGAAAUGAUGCCACUCGUAAAUGAAGAGAGAAAAGACAGCAUUGUGAAUCAGUGCGAGCAACACAAUGCACACACAGUGGAGAUUGGGUCUCAACGGCAGUGGUAGUUGUGGCUGUGAUCUCUCAUCAAAUCCAACAAGCUUGGGAGAGUGAAGGGCGAGCCAGAGCAGCCAUAGGAGCAGCAAUGACGACGAUCUGGGCAGAGAGCAAGCAACUGAAGUGAGAGAAUAAAAAAUUUAAAAAGCAUUUAAUGCUCCAAUGUUCAUAUAUUUGGACGCCCAAUGCUGAUGGAAAAGUUGGGUGGUUGAGCUUUGGCAAAAACGUUGGUUUGGACCCUAACUAAGGUUGAUUAUUUUUUUGCUAUCCAAACAUGAUAAAUGAAGCUUUUAA